UUGCAUAACUCUAGAAAAUUGAGACCACACCCUAUUGCUCACACAAAAUAAGGCAUCUCAUUACAGUGCCAUAAGCUGGAUUCCUCCGGUGCUUUUUUUCAUGCAGGACAAGGAGAAAGUUUCAUGGCUUAAACUCUGAAGAUUUCAGAAGACCUGCCACAAGGAGAAAGAAAUCUCUGCUUUUCUUGGUGGGGAGGCUGGCCAAUCUGAGGAAAUUUGAAGAAGGAGAUUGGAAGAAGUUGGAACACCACUACCACCAUCACCCUACCACAAUGGGCAGCAGAGCAGGACUGGGGAGGAGUAGGUGCUUGUGAGCUGGGUCUCCAACUUCAAUCGCCAUGGACUGGAAGACAUUACAAGGCCUGCUGAGUGGCGUGAACAAAUACUCCACAGCUUUUGGGCGCAUCUGGCUCUCUGUGGUCUUUGUUUUCCGUGUGCUUGUUUAUGUGGUAGCUGCUGAGCGGGUGUGGGGAGAUGAGCAGAAGGAUUUCGACUGCAAUCACCGGCAACCUGGUUGCACCAAUGUGUGCUACGAUCAUUUUUUUCCCAUCUCCCACAUCCGUCUCUGGGCCCUGCAGCUGAUUUUUGUCACCUGUCCAUCUCUGCUCGUCAUCAUGCAUGUGGCCUACCGUGAGGACCGAGAAAGGAAGAACCGGGAAAAAAAUGGGGAAAACUGCCCCAAAUUGUAUAGCAACACUGGAAAGAAACACGGUGGUCUGUGGUGGACUUACCUCCUGACCCUCUUCUUCAAGCUGGGUAUUGAGAUCGUCUUCCUCUAUCUCCUCCACAGAAUAUGGGACAGUUUUGACCUACCCCGUCUGGUCAAGUGUGACCUGUUACCUUGCCCCAAUACGAUUGAUUGCUACAUUGCUCGGCCAACUGAGAAGAAGAUUUUCACGUACUUCAUGGUAGGGGCAUCAGCUCUUUGCAUUGUCCUCACCAUGUGUGAGAUCUUCUACCUCAUCUUCAAGAGAAUGGUCCGCUCAAUGCACAAAUGGAAGAAGAACAAAAAAUCCUUGACCUACAGCAAGGCCUCCACUUGUCAGUGCCAUAUGAGGAUGGAACACGGACAGGAUGGGAAAUUAAAGAAUUCCCCCUUAGAAGGCCUCAGAGCUUCUGCUCCUAACCUGACUUUAAUCUGAGAGGGAGAAGAAACAAAUCCAAAAGGACCCCAUGCCAGGACACAUGAAAUGGAGGAGGGGGAAAGGACUUGAAGUGGAAGCCUUCCACUGAAUCAUUAACCAAAUUUUUCACAAGGGAAGGACCACCAUGAUCGAAGGGGAGCUGAUAAGAGCACUGCCAUGUUUUAUUCAGGUCUUAAGGCAAGGCCAUCUGUUUACAUAUUAUAACUAAGCUAAGCAUGCACACUUAAUAUGCUCUGGCAGACUAUGUUGGUUUGUUCGCCAAACCCUUUUAGAAAAGUUGCAACCUUCUACAUGCUCAGGUUUAUGCUUUCUACUUUUCUAAACUAUCCCAGAAGCUAAGCAAACAUCUGUGUACAAUAUGUUGUGGUCUUUAAAACCUAGGACAGCCAAAAUCUAUGACUCUGGAUUUCUUCCACUGAUUUAUUUCAUUGUUUAUAGAAUUGUUUAUAGAGUUGUAAGCAUUGUCUGAGAAGGAGGGGAGUAAAUUAAUUAGGGAAAUUCAGUAAACAUGGAUAAACUAA